AUGAAUAACAUCAUAUUUGCUACAUCAGACGAUGUCAAAACCUCCUUAAAGGAAGCGCACAGAAAAACAGAAGUCUGGACACUGACAGAACGACUCGGUAACAUUGAGAAAAUAUGUACUAUUCCGAAAUUAACCUCAUCAAACUGGAACUCCCACUUUGAAUCAAUAAAAUGGCUAAUUUCUGUCACAGAAACAGCCUGUGUUUUCCUUCCUGUUACACCAUCUACUAAGGCAGUCAUAAUAUGGUCUGCGUGGUGGGCUACUAAAUUAAAAGAAUCAGCUUCACACAUCAAGAUAAAUGACAAUGAAACUCCUCUUUUUGUUUUAACCACCAUCGUCAGUCAAACACAGGCGGCGAUGCGCUCAAAUUUAAUUGAAAUCAUUAAUAGAUUUUGGACUUUUCAGCCCAGCAACAACAUGUCACAAUCGAAGUUUUUGGUAGAAUAUGAAAGACGUCUUAAUGAGUUCAAGCAAAAUAACACGAUUACACUGGAACUAAAACGUCAAAUGAAGUACUUGUUAAAUUACAAGGUGUGUCUAGCUGCUACAGGAGCAAUCCGAGUCAGGCAGAGUCAAACACAUGAGUCGCGUCAAUUACGCUAUUCAUGCAGAUCAGUCGCAUGGAGGAAAAUUUGUAUUUAG